AUGUAUGAAAAUGAUCUGAGACAUUACACCGCCUGGGACGGAGUUAAGGAAAACGGGAUGCCCAGCACCUGCGCCACCCUCUCGACCUCACUGGCCGGACCCACAGGAAAGGCAAGCCAAUACGUGUGGAGCCAGUAUACGUGCUAUAUAACGGUGUCGGCGGCGCCGUUUACCAUCACCGCCGCCGCCGCCACCGACGCCGCCGUCAUGUCGCCGCUCGCCACCCUGCUGUUUACGCUCGCCGCACUGCUCGCCGCCGUCAAAGCCCAGAGGAACUGCAAUUCUGCGCAAAUUGGCAUAUCAACUCCGAUCACAAUACCCUCCAAUGGAGUCCCCUUUCCACCCGGAGGUGGAAUAGUUAAUAUUGAUGAUUGGUGCCAACAACGGCAAAAAGGAGUGGCAGUGGGCAACUGGGUGACGGCGUGCAAUGCAGACCAGAACGGUACAGGGCCUAACAUAACCCCGAUGUACUCAGACAGGAUUUCACCAGUGCUGGUGAGGUGCCCCGAUGGAUGCCCGCAAGGUGGCGCUGUAGCAGUUGUGCAAUACUGCGCAUAAGAGCCAUAUUUCAAAUUUACAAUUUGUAUUGAUAUUUUUAUGAUAAUUAUGACCACGAACCGCAAUUCUCGAAAUUCCUCGCUCGCAUGAACAAGUGCGAACGAAAUGACCCAUGAUACGAUUGUCAUAGCAUUCUGUGUGCACCAAUCAGCGGACGCGAUCAUGUCAUAGUGAUAUCAAAACCUUAACCGAUUUUAAAACCAGAAGGGCUCUAGGACAUUUAUUUAAUGAUCCACUCAUUAGAAUGUGAAAUUAUUAAUGUUUUUAUUUCAAUAUAUUCCUUUUAUGCACCUAGACAUUAAACAAAUAAAAUAAUUAAAUAUACUCAUGGGCAAAUUUAGCGAAUAAUUAAAAAAAUAGUUAUUAAACUAUUUUUGGCGUCCUAUAAAUUUGUCCAUGGAUGUUUGUGUGGAAAAUUACCAAUGAGAAGUCAAAGCUGUCGGGAGCAUUAUUUAGGACUAACCCGCAACGUACACCACAGAAUAGAUUAGAGAUGAAACGGGGGAUAAAUACCGAUGUCUUCUAUUAUAGACAAAUAAUAAAAAUAUAAGCCCUGUACGAUACUUUCAGUUUACAGUCCUUACUGUGCCUAUAAAGCUAAUAGUUGACGGGUGGUUUGUAAAAAAUAUAGCAUAAAAGGUGUUAAUAUAUCAAAAGUAGUUUCAAAAGAGAUAUAUAUGUAACAUGCUCUAAUAAUUGAAUAUUCUGGUUUAACGUUUUUAUAAAUAGGAAAUAUUGUGCAAAACUCUGUAUAAAGGGCGCCACUAUCACAUUCAGAGGGUCUACCGCAAAAUACGAAAAUCGAAAUUUCGUUAUCUGCCUACCACCCACAUGAAUGCGAAACGUUUUACGACCAUAUUAAAUAAAUAUGUCGAUAAAAAUCGAUAUAAAUUUUCAGACGCCUUGUAAAAAAUAAAACGAUUUGAAAUUUCUGAAGUCUGUAAAAUUUUCAGGAAUAUAUUAAAUUGAUUAUUAACGCUCAGAAAUAAACAGCAAUAUUUAAUGUUAUUCAGGCUGUUCUUUUAUGAUUAAGAUUAUGUUUAUCUAUCCACACAAAAUGGCGAGAUAAUAAUAACCUGAAUUGGUAUUAAAUGUUUUAUUUCAGGCCGGAAUAUUUUGUUAUUUUUUUAUCUUACAUUUAAAACGUUCUCAUAAGAAUAAUCAAUGAUAAUUGAUCACAUUAUAAUUAAUAUACCGCUUAUUGCAGAACAAAAAGAUUUUGCUAUCACACUGAUCAAAACAUAAUUAUAUGGACAAUGUCUUAUUUGCAUAAAUUACAGCACGUAUUUUUGUUUUUGUAUAUGAAUACCUAAUUAGUAAUCUAUAACGAAUCGGACCUAAGCACUUGUGACAAAUUAUACGAAUAGAUUCGCUUCAUAUAUUUAUAAAUUGCUAAUUACGUAGCAUACGUUCUAUAUAACGGUGUCGGCGGCGCCGAUGUACAAUCACCGCCGCUGCCGCCACCGACGCCGCCAACAUGUCGCCGCUCACCACCUUGCUGUUUACGCUCGCCGCACUGCUCGCUGCCGUCAAAGUGCUUGACUUGUGCAAGAGCCCUUGUGGCCUGAUUACAAAAUAAACUUUACAAUUGUAAAUAUUCGAA